AAAAAAUAGAUAAAAUCUCAUGAAAAUAUAGCGCAACAAAAAUUUUACUAGUGGCUUUGGAAAGAGAACAAGAAAACAAUAAAGAAAUCUUCAUGAAUAAACAUAGAUAGAGAUGGGUGUAUUGUUUAAGAAUGGUUAAUGAUACUUCUGAGUUUCUUCUCUGGGAAUUCUCAGAGAUUUGGGAGCUACAGAUUAUGCAUGUGGCUUUGCUAUUAAUAUUCUAUUUAAUGACAGUGACAUGGAAUCUUCUCAUCAUCUCUGCUGUUGUUUUUGACCACCAUCUUCACAUCCCCAUGUACUUCUUCCUAAUGAAUUUAGCCAUGCAAGACAUUGGUUCAGUGUCAGUCAUUAUUCCUAAAACUCUUUUUAAUUUUCUUACAAAUAUAAGAAGUAUUUCUCAUUCUGGAUGUGUUGCCCAAGUCAUGUUUUUGUUGUUUUUCCUGAGCUGUGAUAUUUCUCUCCUUACUGUCAUGGCCUAUGAUCGAUACAUUGCCAUUUGUAACCCUUUACAUUACGAAAUGAUAAUGAACAGGAAGGCUUGUACCAAGAUGAUUGCUGGUGUAUUGACUGCCAGCCUUCUCAAUGCUUCAUUACACACCACCGUCACUUUUAUGAUUCCUUUCUGCUCUAAUAGUAUAAACCAGUUUUUCUGUGAAGUUCCAUAUUUACUUAAGAUUGCCUGUUCUGAUUUAUAUUUAUCUGAAAUUGGAUUUCAAAUUUUCAGUGCUAUGUUAGCCACUGGUUGUUUUGUUUUUGUCAUUGUGAGUUAUGUGCAUGUCUUCUCGGCAGUUCUGAGAAUUCCUUCUGUUCAAGGAAGGAAAAAAGCCUUUUCUACUUGCUUACCACAUCUGGUUGUUUUCUUCAUAUUUUUGUUUACUACUUGCCUUGCUUACCUCAAACCUACAACUGACAGUGUAUCACAUCCAAACUUUAUAAUAACAUUAAUGUAUUCCAUUAUUCCAUCUAUGUUGAAUCCAUUAAUCUACAGCCUGAGAAAUAAAGACAUCAAAGUUGCUCUUUUGAGAAUUUUUGGUCAGAAUUUAUUAUUUUUUUAAGGAGAAUGAGCUGUGCAUCUUCUUAUUUUCAAAAAGGAAAAGUAAGACAGCUGAAAUAAGAUAAAUAUUUUCACAACAAUUUCCCACUUUUCAAUACAUUACAUAAAGAGCAAAGGUAUUAUUGUUAUUGUUAUUUUAUGACAUUUGUCAUCUUUGUUAAGAUUGAAGUUGUGAUGCACUGAGCUACCUCUGACUCUUGAUGGCUAUAAGGAUAUACAUGUUUAAUUUUCUUGCCAACAUUUCAUGAUAUAGCUGAGAGAAAUUUGCUGCAAGGAUACCCAACUAAGUCUGAUUGGACCAAUGGUCAUUUUUUUCAAGCCCUUUGACUUAACCACUACUAGACGAUAAUGAUGAUCUGUUAUAAUACAUAGAUUAAGGUCUGUUUCUUUUGCCUGAUGCCAAAGUGUCAAAGAUAAUUCUCACAACAGAAGUUCAGUGAAAGACAGCUAACAUAUAUUAAAUUAGAAUCAAUUAGUAUGAAAUAUUGGAUGAAAUGGAACUUUAUAUAUUUCCAAUAUGGAUACAGUAAGAAAAUUUGUAAAUAAUAUAUGUAUUAGGAAUAAGUAUUGAAUAAAUGUAUUCGAAAGUAAAUAAUCCUGUUUGUUUUAGGAAAAAAAUAUUGUAAAUUCUAUUUUAAAAAAUCCAUAUCUGCAAUGUUUAAAAUGCACAUGAAUAUUGAUGUGGAGUUUCUAAUAAAUCUUAAAUGAGAAACUUAAUACACAUGAGCUGUUUACCAUCCCUCUUUAAUGAGGUUUCCAUUUUUUGUACUUUAAAAUGUUUAUUCAUUUAAAUGCUUCUUCAGUCAUCAAAGUAAUUCAAAGUAGCUUAUAUAGUAAAGUGAAGGCAAUCCUUAAAAAAAUAAAAUUGUACAAUGUAUAUGUCUAUAUAUUAUCUGUUAUAAAGAAAUAGGUUUAUGAAUCAAGGUAUGUCCCACUUUUU